CGGGACUUCCCCAAGCUCACCAGCUCUCAGCUACCAGCGCACAGACACUGACAGCCAUCCGCAUGUCUUUGAAAUACAAGACAAUGACAUCCCAAGAGAUCUCUGACUUCCCUCGUCUACUCGUACAUAAGUACACAGGUUAGCAAGCUGACUCUAUCGAAAUCCUUCCUACAAUCACUCUACCACAUCCCUCUUCUGCAACCAUGGCCGAUGAACCAACUCCCAACCUCCCAGCCCACCGCAUCCCCACAGACAGAGACACAAACUCCCCAUUCUGGACCGAGACUUUCCCCCCUCUCGAGGAACAUACAAAGAGGCUCUUUAUAGAAUACGCCAAUAUUCCAGAGGAUAAGCUCCAAGAGCAUCUUGAAGAAGCAGUCCACGCAGGCUCCCCCCCACAAACCCUCCACGGCAUAGACCUAACCCCCAACUUCUUCCCCGCCGGCAAACACCUCUUCAACGACCCUCACACCCCAAUAGCCUUCCUCCAAGCAAACGCCCUCUCCCCGCCCUCAACCCUCCCGCCCACCUGGCGUAACAACUUCACAAUCAUCACCGCAAACUACGUCCAGCACUGCUUCAACCUACAAGACCCAAAAACCUACGCCGCCUUCCUCUUGGCAUUACUCUCGGGAAACCCAAACGAUCUAAUCUUCGGCCGCACGGCGGGCACGACGGAGGGCGAGGCGCGGAGGGAGGAGAUGCACAAGGGUCAGAGGCUAUAUCGGCACACGGAAGCGAGUUUUGUCGAGUUCUGGACGAGGGUGGCGGCGCAACAUGGGAGGAGGGCGAGGGUUGAGACGUGGGUUGAUGAGAUGCCUGCUUUUGAGCUUAAAGGCGAGGGGAUGGAGAGAUUUGAACCUGUGAAGAAUCUCAUGUAUUCGAUCCGGUUUGAGUGAUGUGUGGUUAGUGAGUGGGGGAAGUCAGCGAAGACUUUAGAGAGCGCGGAGGAAGAGCCGAUAGCAUCUCGUGUGCUGCAAUGACGUGACAUUUACGAGUGUGACAUAAUCGAGGAGGACGCAAUUCAGGUGAAC